UUACUUUUCCCAACGAAGCUUCCCGGAAGCUGCCCUAGCCAUGGCUUCUCUCUCUUCUCGCCCUCCAUUUAACCUCCCUCAUCUUCCUCUCUCUUUCCCAGAGAAACCUCUCCAUUCUCUCUCGGCCUCUCUCUCUCUCUCUCUCUCUCUCGCAUUUUUUAUUUCCCAUUUGAUUUGGAACUAUGAAGCUAGUUACCAACAUCAACCCCAAAAGACUCUUCAGGUCAAAGAAGAGCCGGUCGGUCUCACGAUCCGACCCGUUAUCGUUCAGCUACGGUUCCUCAUCCUCCGAGUCCUCAACCUCCGGGUCGCUCCACCACCGCAAAUCCGAACCCGAAAAGGAGACUCCGACUAGCGUUUUGCCUUCGAAAUCAUCGGAGAUCUCAUGCGAUUGGUCCGAAAUCUGCUUCGAGUUCGUUCAAACCUUCAAGAUGAUCGAUAAAGACGGUGAUGGAAAGAUCACGAGCAAGGAGCUCGAGGCUUUGCUCAGCCGAGUCGGCCUAGUCGGCGCCGAGCCACCGACCGAGGAGGAACUGAAGUUGAUGCUCAGCGAUGUUGAUAAGGACGGUGAUGGAUGUAUCAGCUUGGAGGAAUUCGGCGCGAUCAGCUCGGCGUUCGAGUCGCCGGCAUGCGACUCGGAGCUGCGAGAGGCGUUCGAUUUUUUCGACAGUGAUCACGACGGUCGGAUCACGGCGGAGGAGCUCCACGCGGUGUUCGCCGCAAUUGGAGACGAGCAGUGCACGUUAGAGGACUGCCGGCGCAUGAUAAGCGGGGUAGAUAAGAACAGGGAUGGGUUUGUGUGCUUCGGGGACUUCGCACUUAUGAUGGAGCAUCAGAGAUGAUCGCCGUAUGUUUUGGUUUGGUGAUCAUCAUCGGCUAAGAUGUUCCUGAUGUUGAGAAAAAGUCUUCAAUUGAUUUUUUUGACUUUUUUGGGUGUGUGGUUGUUGUGUCUGUGUGUUUUUAAGGGGUGAGAUUAGCUUAGAAACGUCGGAUCAAAAGGUAUCGACCAAUUGGACGUAUUGGAUUAGUUUAUCUUUAUUAUGAAAAGUGGAACAAAUUGUAAUGCUUUUCUUCUUCGUGUACAUGGGGAAAAUUCCAAGUCACUGUACAACGUUAAAGAUAAGAAAAAUAGUUGAAUGGUGCUCUAUUAUUAGUCGUAUUA